CUUGAGGGUGAUGGUUGGUGUGUUGAUGACAUGAGGUGGGCUCCCAUCCCACACUCAUUGGUCCAUGGAAGACAAAUUAGUCACUCCAUCCCCUCCCCUCCAUUAUGCACGACCCAAGCACCAAGAAAGAAGGAGAAAGGCUCUGCAAACUCAGUCCUCCAUAGCAAAUCUCGAGCUCAAGCUCCAACAAGAAAAAGGGAGAAGUUUAGGAGAGGAAAAAGGGAAGAAAAAAGUGUGGUGAUUAAGGCACUUGUCAAAGGUGAUUUAAAAGCUUUCACAAAGUUUAAGGAGUCGCCGGAGUUAUCGCCGGAGUUCGUCAAAGUUCACCGGAGUUUGGCCGGAGUUCAACCGAGAAGGGUAGAACUUCAUCACGCUCAUUUGAGGUUGAAGCUCAAGCUUGCUAUUCUCACCUUGCUCGGUGAAGUGAUCUAAAGGGAGACGUGAAAUGGAGGAUGAACACAUGACAACAAGAAAUGACCCUAGAAGACAAGUGUCGGUAGCUUCCUUUGGAGCUAGCCGGGCUAUGUCGCGAGCGCUUAGGGGGAGGGAAAGAGGUCUUGGGGGCCGUGAGGGUUGCCCGGACGGAAUAGUGAUUGAUGGUCACGUGAACGUGGUGGGUAGUACGAACGCUGGGAGGAAUAAUGAAACUCAUAUCCAAGAAUUGGGACGUGAGCAGGCCCCAUGCGAUGGGGGAGACUAUUACUUCAAUGACGUGAGGAAUGACUUCCGUUUUGACCAAACGGUGGAGGUUCAAGAGCGGUACAAAAAGGGGUGGCGGAGAAAAGAACGUAGGCGUCAGGCUGGAUAUGAUCGAGCUACCUACCAAUAUAAUAUGACCGUCAACCAAGUCCAUUCUUGGAGGAGUAACCAAGGAGAAGAAGGUUCUUUUAAGGCACUGGCAUUACCGGUGAAAAAGAAAAAGAAGUCAAAGUGGAAUACGUCAUGGCUUUACUCUUCAAGACAACCUAAGUGUCCAGAUUACUCUAAGAGACAUUUGAGAAAGUGCAACGAACCCUCGACGUGUUUCAAAUGCGGGAGCACGGGUCACAUGAAGCCAAGUUGCCCGUGGAGGGGUAAAGGAAGGGCAUCGGGAGCCGGGAAAGGGGUCGUCGUGGAAAGAAGUUGUGCGGAGGCGAUAACGGGUAGCGUUACGUCCGCUAACCAAGGCAAGGCCCAAACAGGGGUUUAUGCGAUGACCGAGGCCGAUGCUCGGGCUAACCCCGACUCCAUUGCAGGUUGAAGCUCAAGCUUGCUAUUCUCACCUUGCUCGGUGAAGUGAUCUAAAGGGAGACGUGGUUCGUGCUUCCUUUACUGUUUUAAACUAUAAACUAUGCUCAUGGAUAUUUUGUAAUAAGUACAUUUGUUUUAGGCCUGCGAGCCCACGUUUUGGCCAUAUGUGGCCCAUGGUUGAACAUUGAAUAUUUCCGCGAUUCGUUCAAUCCAAAUAUGUGAUGUUGUUAUGUAUGUUUACUUACUGAGUAUGGUAUGAACAACGUUCAUGGACGCCUUGUAUGAUUAAGUCACGUUGACUUGCGAGUGACGUCAUUUAGUCAUACGGCGGUUGUACACGCGCUCGGAUGCGGUCUGGGGCGUGACAUUGGCGGAGACCAGCUUCUGAUUCUGAUUCUGCUUUUAAAAAGGAAGUCGAAACAUUAAUCAAUUACAAACAUCCCAUGAAUCCCAUUCAAUGUAAUACUACGUAUGUAUGUGUUGUACAAUUAUUGACCAAGAAUUCCCAUGUAUUAGAGUCCCAUUAUGUGUAAC